GGGAGGAAUGUGACUCGGGGUUUCGUUUCUACUGCGCGACGGGCUUAGCGUGCGCUGUCGUCUCGCGCAUACUUUGGUGUGACCCAUUGUGUCCCCCGACUCGGCGUGACAAGUUGGUAGAGAGAGAGAGAGAGAGAGAGAGAGGUGGGUGGGGGACUAUUUUUAAAUGGGCACGGUGAGAUGCGUGGGGGGGCGUGGACGGCAGAGGAGCAGCAGUGAGCACGUUGGCUCUUGGCUGCGCGGCUCCACUGCGCUGAUGUGCCGGCUGGAAGAACCGGAAUACGCGUAAAACCUGCGCGGAACCUCGCGGUCGCCUCCGAUCGUCCGCGGCCGACUUUCUGUCGUUUUUUGUUGUUGUUGUUGUUGUUGUUGCACCCUUUUGGAUUUACUCUCUCGAGGCGCUCGGCUUUGGCGACACGGAGGACUUUAAGGAAGCAGGAUAAGCUGUAAAAAAAAACCAAACAGAUUCUCUUUUUUAAGACCGAGCAGCUGCCGCGCGUAACGGACGAAAUCCCAUUGAGCAGCUAUUUGAAUCACAAUAGUUUUGAGACGACUGCUUUCUUUAUAUGUUUAAGUAAGCCGACUGGACUGAAUGCGCGCGGUAAGUCACAGAAAUGCCAUUUAGGACGUGAGAGCCGAUCUUCGUUUGGAGACAUUGACAGGUGUUCCAGACAAGAACGGACUGUCAGGCUCAACCUGUUUUAAUUCACUUACGGCUCUGUUGUUAUGUCUUGCGACAUCGCGCCAUCAAAAGGUUGGAGGAUUGGAGCAACAGUCCAGAACAUCUGUACUUUCAUAAUACUUUGAGAGCGCGCACGUGGUCAUCAACAACCGCAUAAUGCGUUUGAGACGCCGGCUGGGAGACUAGAAGCGAUCGACCGCGGCGUCUUCUUCCCGUCCCGGAGUCGGAGCCAAAUCCGGCGACAGCCAAAAUGACGAGCAGCGGACCUGUCAUCGUUUUCGAGUGGCUGAAGACCCUGCAGCUUGCCCAGUACGUCGAGGCCUUCGUGGACAACGGCUACGACGAUCUGGAGGUCUGCAAACAGAUCGGAGACCCCGACCUGGACGCCAUCGGGGUCUGCGUCCCGCACCACCGGCAACGGAUUCACGACGCGGUGAGGAGGCUGAAGGACGAAGCCAGCGAGACGGCCAGUGGACUCUAUUUCACCUUGGAGCCGAUGCCACCCGCCGCCGAGGUUUAUACCAGUCACGUGGCGGACCAGUACGAGUCCAAACUGCGGGGAUCCAAGUCCUGGACCGAGCCCACCGGUGAGCGGAUCGGGCGCCACGGGGGCCACAUGGGCGCGCAGAGGAACCGCACGCUGGGCAACAGGAGGGAGCUGGUGAUUUACCCCAAGCUGAAGCUGAAGAUCAUGAUCAGGGAUAAGCUCAUCAGAGAUGGGAUCAACCUCGCCAAGCCGCCCUACUCCAAUAAGGACGGUUCUCUGGGCAACAUAGAUGACCUCGCCCAGGAGUACUCUGAGUACUACAACACCUGCUUCAGUGACGUCAAUGACCGCAUGGAGGAGCUGCGCAAAAGACGAGUCUCCCAAGAGGACGACAUGGAGAAACAAGAUCCGAGCAGCACAUCCCUGCAACUGCGUUCUGAGAUCCAGGAAUCAUUAGGCUUCAGCAGGGAGGUGUCCACUCCAGAAACGGACGAAAGUUUGUCUCUGCACAAAUCAAGCUCCGAAGAAGGAUCUGGAGGUAAAUGGGACAAUAAGAAGAAGAACAAGUCUUUUUGGCAGAACUUCCGCAAGUCCCCGCACAAACCAGUCAUGAAACAGCCAUCCAAAGGAGAAGACAUUGGCUAUGUGGCUAGUGAGAUCACCAUGAGCGACGAGGAGCGAAUCCAGCUGAUGAUGAUGGUGAAAGAGAAGAUGAUCACCGUUGAAGAAGCUCUCGGCCGGCUGAAGGAUUAUGAGCGCAGCAGACAGUCCAGCAGUGCUGACACUGCAGAGUGGACUGACGGAUCUGCAUCCAAUCUAGACCAGUCCUCAAACUGCCACUCUCAUGAACAGUCAGACGACGAGCAAUCGGAGGACUCUGUGAAGUUCAAACGGCUUCACAAGUUGGUGAACUCGACGCGCCGCGUCCGGAAGAAGCUCAUCAAGGUGGAGGAGGGCAAGAAGCAUGCCUCCGAAGGUUUUUUGAAUCUGGGGGCACCUCCCACCUGUGAGGACAACGCCGCUCUGUACACGGGGGUCGUCAAGCGGCCUCCCCUGUCCCAGGAGAACUCCCUGACCCAGGACCAACUGUCUCUGGACGGAGACACCGACAGCCUGACCAACUCCCCGUCCUCCAACAGCCUGGACACCUGGUCCGGACACCGGCUGGUCAAAACCGUCAACAGGUCGUCCAGCACCCACGGCCUCAUCCGGCCCCCCAGGAGAGCCCCCGUCAGCCCCGGGGGCUUGGGAGGCUCCAACUGUGGCGUGGGUGGCAGCGCCUCGUCCUUCUCCGAGCUGGAUGGCUGCGGACUGGAGGACGAAGGGAAGCUGUCGCGCUCCACCACCGACGGCGAGAUGCGGAAGGCCCUGAGCUCCGUCUCCCACGGGAGAGCGUACAGCUUCGGGGGCUUUGACCUGACCAAAGCUGCAAGCUGCGUUGUAGUCAACGCGGGCUCGGAGGCAAAUAGUAAAGAGCAGGAGGCCAUUUACAGAGAAGUGGUCAAAUCCCCCACCACGUCCCGCAUCUCGCUGGGCAAGAAGGUCAAGUCGGUCAAGGAGACGAUGAGGAAACGCAUGUCGAAGAAAUACAGCAGCUCGUUGUCUGAGCAGUCCAGUCCGGACGGAACCCCCGGCUCGCCCCAGUCCCCUCAGCCCGACACCGACUCGCUGGAGAAGCCGAAGCUGAAGGCCGGAGGCUCGGUGGAGAGUCUGCGUAGUUCUCUGAGCGGACAGAGUUCCAUGAGCGGUCAGACAGUGAGCACCACCGACUCUUCAGCCAGUAACCGGGAAAGCGUGAAGUCGGAGGAUGGCGAUGACGAAGAGCCGCCUUACGGGGGGCCGUUCUGUGGGCGCGCCCGGGUCCACACAGACUUCACCCCGAGCCCCUACGACUCUGACUCCCUCAAACUGAAGUGCGGCGACGUGAUUGACAUCAUCAGUAAGCCUCCCAUGGGAACGUGGAUGGGCCUGCUGAACAACAAGGUGGGCACCUUCAAGUUCAUCUACGUGGACGUGCUGAUCGAGGAAGAAGAGAAGCCCAAGAGGCCAGUGAGGAGGAGGAGGAAGGGCCGACCACCCAAACCUUUAUCCGUGGAGGAUUUGCUGGAGCGCAUCAACCUCAAAGAGCACCUGCCCACUUUCCUCUUCAACGGCUACGAGGACCUGGACACGUUUAAGUUGCUGGAAGAGGAGGACCUGGACGAGUUGAACAUCAGAGAUCCUCAGCACAGAGCCGUGCUGCUCACUGCCGUAGAGCUGCUUCAGGAGUACGACAGCAGCAGUGAUCCGGAGCGCGGCGGCGUGUCGGGCUCCCAGGAGAAGCUGCUGUCGGAAGGUUGGGGCCUGGUGGGAGACUCCCCGCGAGACUCCGGCUGCUACGAGAGCAACGAGAACCUGGAGAACGGUAAGAGCAGAAAGGCCUCCCGGUCCAGUCGUUCCUCGGCAGGCCUUCAGUCACCGGACUACCCCACACUGCCCAUGACCCUCUCAACCGAGGCCCUGCAGCACAACGGGAGCAAGAACCGCCGCGCAAAGUUCCCCAAGAGCUUCUUCAUCAAACCCUCCCUGAAGGGCUUCAGCCUACUCGGCCUGCGCAAAGCCCAGAGGCGGCCCCCCAUCCCGGCCAGCCGCAGCUGCGAGGACCUGGACGGACCCCCGCAGCCCGCUGGGGCCUGGAAGCGCUCCCACUCCCUGGGGGAUCUGCACUGGGACCGGAGCUGCGAGCCCAAGGAUCUCGGCGCCGAGCUUAAACUCGCCCUCAAGGACGCGCCCAAGCCGGGCGGCGGUUGUCCCGCCGAGGUCCGCAGGGAUGGCGGUUCACCGCCGCGGGGCGAGACCCCGGCGGUCAGCCCAAAGGGACGGGCCAACCGGCCACCCGUUCCCUCCAAGCUGCCCCUCCGCCCCGCUUGUCAUGCCACCCAGUCCCCCAGCCCCCCCGAGCUCCUUGCCGGCCGUCCUUGCAGCCCGCCGGCUCCCAACGCCAGCGGGGAGCGGGUCCCCUGGACUCACUUCAAAAAGCCCCCUGUGCCUCCUCCCGUCCCGGCCAAGAAGUCCAGGGAAAGACCGGCCAACGGCCCGCGCCACCCCCCUCUCUCCCUGCCCUCCUCGCCGUCGCCGGCUGCCUCCCCCAGCCACUCCCUCACCCGUUCUCACCCGAGCAGCCCCGUAAUCCGCAGCUCCGGAUACGGGGCCCCAGCUCUGCCCGCCAAGACCCCGAGCACCCCCAGCAGCCCGCGGGCCGCCCCGCCGUCCCCGGGCGAGCAGCCGGGCGCUCCGGCGGCCGCGCAGCCGCCCUGGUUCUCGGAUCGGGGGGGCAAGGCGGCCGUCGCGAGGAAGGUGUCCCACGGCAAGCUGAGUCCCGACCUGCUGACCCUUCUGGAACAGCGGCUGGAGGCCGAGGGCAUCGACCUGACGGAGGAGCCCUACUCCGACAAGGUCAGUCCUCCCCAUGACCACGAACGCCGACAUGAGGUUUGGGAAUUCUAUGGAAAAACGUAGCCAAAUACACAGCAGAGGGAUAUUAAGUCAUAAAGCCGUGAGUAUGUGAAAAUGGGGCUGAGUGAUACUCGUCUGGCGUCAGGCUCUUUUUUUUAAUAUAGCGCGCAACGUGCCUCGCGUUUUUUGAUUUGAAGCUAAUUUGGUUUAAAAAUAGUUUUGGGGGGAUGGGGUGAGCGAGGUUGUGUGUGUGUGUGUGUGUGUGUGUGUGUGUGUGUGUGUGUGUGUGUGUGUGUGUGUAUUCACAAUAGUUAAAAGGCUUCCUGGAGCUGAGGGAAAGACUUUGGAUGGAGUGCCGCUAUGAUGCGGUUCAGACCGCCAAGUUUACGGGCUCAAUCUCACUGAAGGCAGACGGGGUCAUAAAACCCGCUGGCACUCGCCAAACCACUGAGAGAGACACACACACACACACACACACACGAAAACAACGUGCACUAAGACGCAUCAACAGAUGAGGUGAGAAGUGAAGCGUCUCUGCUGGAUUCUUCUUAGUUCUUCUGAGUCGGUUGGCAGCGAGCGGCGCAGUGCUGAUGUAGUAGCACCGUGGAGGUGUGAUUCCACACGUACUUGCAGUCGUUUGGCUUCGGAGGUCAAACACGUUGUAAAUCUUGAAAGAGUUGAAGUGAGAAGUGAUUCCCUCUACGUGCAUGUAUUCAAAGAAUAGUACAGAUAAUACUCAUUACUCGGUAUCAAAUAAUACUUUUUGACUAUGAACUUAAAUGUGUCCAUAGAGUAAGGCCCCUUAAAGGUAGCUUGGUUUUCAACUUUUAUCCUCUGCUUUAUAAGGUGUUUGCUGAUUUAAAUUAGGAGACUUUUGGGUUGGAAAAAUGUGUUUAUAUUGAUCCCCAAAAAGAUUUCGGUCCAGUUUUGCUCUGUCUACACAGAGAGACAAUAAAAAAAACAUGUUGAGCUCUUUGUUUUAUCCCUCGCACUUUUACUGCUUUUAUUUGCUCAAAACUAGUAAAAAUAAAAUAAAAAAUAUGUAAAAAUGGAGAUUACAGCACUAUUCAUAAUGUCAAAAUGAUGCCGGAAUCGCUUUCGGAUGCUUAAACAAUAUUGACAUUGACAAACUUAGAUUUUCCCAUUGGUCUUAAACGUCCUCCUCCUCCAGUCUAGUCACAUCUCGUGCA